AUGGCAUGGCGCCCCCGCUGUGGCUCCAAAGGCCCACGACGCCAUGCCCAACGAGAAGAAGGAAUCCGUCAUGCCCAGCGAGAAGAAGGCCGUCGGGAAGCUCGACGGGCGCCCCAGACUGAGGCCAAGAAGAAGGCAAAGCCAUGCAGUGGAGGCCGAAGCUCGGAAACCCGAAGCUCCGCUGAGAUCCAGCUGCGGCGCCUCGGUGAGGAACUCGCUGCCGAAGGCCAGCGCUUCCGACAGAGAGGCAAAGAAUGCAUGGAGAUGGCCAUGCGGGCGGAGGCUUUGCACCUCGAGGUUCGGCUCCGGCAGCAUGCACGGGAGCGUGAGGCAAAGCAGCGAAGUCCGACCGGAACCCGUCAGGCAUGCAGGCCGACAUUGCAGACCAGAAGAGGAGGUGCCUCUCCAGAGAGGAAGAUGACAAGUGAGAAGCAGUGCAAGCGCUGA